AUGGAACCGCCAAAACGUGCAGCCUUGUAUUUCGCGGAAUUCGCCGAGACUUCUUUGUUCAGGCUUCACCUUCCCCCAGAUCAGUUAUUUCUGAUCCAAUUGGCAUCCAUAAUUGAAAUGCGCUUCGUAUGCGCUUAUCGGUUCGGACGGAGAAUUCAAUUUCAACUAAAUCAGCAUGCAGUGAUGGGCAUAUGUAGAGAACAAUGUGAACUAACCUACCCAAAUCCAAGUUCGGAGUGGAUCAACGAAGGCGUUUUCGGAAAGCGCUUCCAAAUUUGGAAAGCAGAAAUUAAAGCCGCACACUUAACAAACAUCAAGCCAUUCAGCGGAAGUGCGCUUACGUCAAUCCAAUGGUCAAGUCCACACGAAACACACCGGCUACUAACACAAAUCCUUGACCCUGCUCAAGUCAAAAACGAACAUAGAGCAGAAGACAUGUUUGGCGAAUUCGUAUGGCCUAACUUGAUGCUCGAGUUACCUAAUGUAGAAUAUUCGCACUCAGAGAGCAGACAAAGUCUGAGGACAAUAUUCAUGGAGCUUGAGCAAGAAUAG